AUGCAAAUCUCGUCUGUCUUGCUUGGACUCUUGGCCCAGUCGUUGCUGGCUCUGUCCGCCCCUACCGACAACAACUCGACUGAAGCUGCUGCACCAGCUGUCGCGAAGCUUAGCUCUCCUAGACAGUUUCCGUCUGCUUACGGACCAAUGGGUACAUUGGGCGAAGAAUAUUGUACAGAAUGCCAUGACGCCUGUGGCCCUUCCAGAUGCUGUGACCCUACGCCUUACUGCGUUAUUACUACUUCUGGAGAAUGUAAAUGUGAGAACUAA